UGGUCCCUCCACCAGAACGAUCCAAGGACACGUCCUACAUGCGAACACCUCUCAUCACUCCUCUGCCUCUGCCUGUCCUCCGUCAGGUCCUUACAGCUGCAACAUGAGCCACUUUGUGACUCUUCCAACAGGGCAGAAGAUGCCCAUGGUCGGACUCGGCACAUGGAAGAGUGCUCCGGGACAGGUGAAGCAGGCUGUGCUGGCUGCUUUAGACUGCGGGUACAGACACAUUGACUGUGCUGCUGCGUACAGCAAUGAACAGGAGGUCGGAGAGGCUCUGGCUCUGAGGGUCGGCCCUGGGAAGGUUCUUCUUCGUGAGGAAGUGUUUGUGACGUCCAAAUUGUGGAACACCAAGCACGACCCAGAGGAGGUGGAGGAAGCAUGCAGGACCAGUCUAGCCCACCUGGGUCUCUCCUACCUGGACCUGUACCUCAUGCACUGGCCCAUGGCAUUUCAGCCGGGGAAAGAGCUGAUGCCUCGACGGGACGAUGGAAGUAUCUGUUACUCUGACACGCACUACAGAGACACGUGGGCGGCCAUGGAGAGUUUGGUGGAUAAAGGUUUGGUCAGGGCAAUAGGACUGUCCAACUUCAAUGCCAGGCAGACUGAUGACAUCAUCAGCGUGGCCAGACACAAACCUGUGAUGAACCAGGUGGAGUGUCAUCCUUAUUUGUCUCAAGCUGAUCUCCUGUCACACUGUCAGUCUGUGUCAGUGUGUGUGACAGCCUACAGUCCCCUGGGCAGCGGGGACAGACCCUGGGCCUCCCCCGAUGAACCAAGUCUGCUGGAGGAUCCUCGACUGGCAGCCAUCGCCCAGAGAUACCAGAAAACACCUGCCCAGGUCAUUCUCAGGUGGCAUGUUCAGAGAGGUGUGGUGUGUAUCCCCAAAAGUGUGACGCCCUCCAGGAUCCAGCAGAACUUGCAGGUGUUUGACUUUUUCCUGACAGAUGACGACAUGAAGCUGAUUGAAUCCUUCAAUCGAAACGAGCGUUUCAUCGUCCCGUCAGUCGAGCAGGAUGGUAAGAGAGUGUGGAGAGAUGCAGAACAUCCUCAUUUCCCCUUCCAUGAUUCUUACUGAGCGCACCCCCACUGAGUACAAUAAGAAUCCAAUUUUUGCAAUUAAUUUUAAAUAUAAUUUCCCUUGACUUCAAUUUUUGGUAACAUUGUUUUUUUCAGCCAAUUCUUUACUUUAAAUUGCAAUGAACAAUAAAGAGAUUCUUACUUGGCCUGAGCGCCACUGUGUGGUCAGUAACAGAACUACCUCUACGCAUGAUAAUGGUGCCUGCAUGUUUCACUGAGACUAGACUCCUCAAUAGCUAUUAGAGGACCACAUUACACUUCUAACUAAACGACUUAACAUCUUUUAAAGGUCUUUACAUUGUCAGGUCACAUAUUAAUGCAAUCAACCUGGUCUGAUCCUAUAGCCUAAGUCAUACCACAAACAUCACAACACCCUGAUGAACCGUGUGAUUCCAACCCAACAACUUCACUUUCUAUAAAUGGAAUCUCUAUCCCAACUGUCGAUCAAAUCAAAGACAAGGAAUGUAUGUUAACUAUGUGUCAAUAAAGAAAUUCAAAAGCAGACAUUGAUAACGCCCUCCAUUUCGUGAGAUUUUAUUUUCAACAACAUAACCUUGACAAAUUUGUAAUACAUUAAAUGCUACUGUUUAUUUAAAAAAAGAGGAAGUCAUUAGCAAUAUGUUUUUCUUUUGUUUUAUGGUCGAGCAUAGAAUCCCGUCACUAAAGCCAUUCAUGUUGGUUGUGAUAUACUGAGAAUGAGGCCACUCAAUAAACCCCCCCACACCCCCAGAAACCCCUCCUCCCACCCCACAGAACAAAAAAAGUAAAGAAAAAAAAACAAAAAAAUAACUGCAGUCACUCACUCACCUUCCAUUUUCAACAUCCCCUAACCCCCACCCACAUCAAAGCCAGGGCAAACCAAGCGGUUACAUGCUUUCUCUGAGGGAAAUCAUACAAAAAAAAAAAA